UUUUUUUACCCAGAGUAAGGGAAUCAAGAUCCAGAAGACAUAGGUUUCAGGGCAGAGGGGCAAGAUGUAAAAGGAAUCUGAGGUGCAAUUUGUUUCAUUCAUAGGGUGGUGGGUAUGUGGAAUGAGCUGCCAGAGGAGAUUGUUGAAGCAGGUACUAUAACAGCAUUUGAAAGGCACUUGGACAGGUACAUGGAUAGAAAUAGCUUAGUGGGAUAUGGGCCAAACAUGGGCAAAUGGGACUUGCUUAGCUGAGGCAUCUUGGUUGGCUUAGAUGAGUUGGGUUGAAGGGUCUGCUUCCAUCCUGUAUGACUCUGUAACUUUAAAUGUGGGCCCUCAAUGGCUUUUUAUUUAUUAAUGCGGCAAGGCACUAAGAUUUUAACGUAAAGCUAAAUAAACAGAUUUUUUUUCUGCAGGAAACCAAAAUUGCUUACCACAAGGCACUUGGAAAACCCCAAACUUGUUAAGUUUAAGACACCGCAAUAAAACCUGCGUCACAUCGUUUCAAUCUUCCGAUGAACCAGCACGGUACAGUCAUUUUAAUUUUCCACAAAAAGAUAAAAAGAACAUAUGCCAUAAGCUAUAUCUUUUCAUAGGUUUAGAGUAAUUAAAAUCAUGGCAUUUACAAAUUGGAUCACCUUCAUAUCCACACAUGCAUGUAUUCCAAAACUUCAGCCCAAAAAUUGGAUCACUGGUUCUUCAGUGACCUGGAAUAAGGAUGUGAAUCGGAAAUCUUUGAACUAGUAUAGCCCAUACAUUUUCGUGAAUUGAGUUUCUCAAAUCUCCUUUCCCUUAGGAGCUGACAAAGCCAUAGUCCCCAAUACAGUCAAGCAACCUUCUCCAUACUACAAUGAUCUCCACCUACCUAAUACAUCAAUAAUCAGAAGACAUUACUAAACCAGGCAGGAUUAUGGGGAAGGAGGAGCUAUAUCACUUUGCAGGUUUAUCUUAAAUGGAUGAUUUUCAAUACUUAAAUGGAUACAUUUCUGAACCAGUUAUUUAAAUGAUCCACUGCCACAUAUGUUUAAGAAAGAACUGCAGAUGCUGGAAGGUAGACAAAAAAGCUGGAUCAUGUGUACUUUUCCAAAGAGGAGAAGGCACCUCAUCUACAGAACUUGGAUGUUUACACAACAUAUGUAUUCCUCUGCAGAUGUUUACUCUGCAAGUGUAAAUUUGACUGCUGGUUUGCCAUACUUAAAAAAAAAAAAUUACCUGCAAAAUUCUGGCCAUUUAGAGAGUGGGAAUCUCAAAAUAUACUCAGCUUCACUAUUAAUCUUUGUGAUCUGCCUAAAGCCCAUUUCAAGUGCUUGUCUAUGCAGGAGCCUGUGGUAAAAUUAAAAGCUGUAGACUUGCAACUGUGAAUAACAAUGACAAUCUCCUCCGAUGCUGAAGCCAACUUAAACCCCGCUUCCUCUAAUCUUCAUUUCCAAAUAUCUAGUUCUUUGGCUCGAUGGCCAUGUUUCUGACUGGCGAUGCCUGUAAUUGCUUUUAAACCUUAAAGUUGUUAUAUAAAUAUUACUUGCUUAUCUUUUUCUAAUUGUGUCGGAAAUUUCCAGCUGGUGAAAAUGAUGGUGGCAUUUUUUCCAUAUUUGGCCAACAGAAGCCAAACCGAAUUAAGUCAAAUUAAAAAUAAGCUGUUCAUAGAAACUGUCCUAUAAUCAUUGCUAUCUGAAGAUAUUUAUAUGGUGGUGCAAGGGAGUGGUGAAGGUACAAGAACAGGAACUGGAAAAAAUACUGUAGCUCGAGAAGUUGUUGAAGCCAUACCAAGAUAUCAAUAACAGCUGCCAACCCGAAUAGAUUGUGAAUUCAAAACUGAGUCCAGAAUAUGAUAGAGUCACUAUUCAAUACUUGAGCGUUAUUAGAAAAUGUACCAGGUCGAAUAAAGAAUGGAAGUAGGGCAGAGAAAUUACUUAGAGAUCGGUAGGUAUGCAGUUCAAUAAUGACCUUUAAUUUGUGAGGUUCGUUUACAGAUUGCUCUGCAUGUUAUGUGAGUUUCAUGCAACAGUUGCUUCUCUACUUGGGGAAAUAGCGUGGUGGUUUCAGUUUCCUGUCACGUGAACAAAGCGGCUCUCGACUCUAUCGAACAGCAGAGAAUGCCUAUGUUUUGGGUGGCGGCUAUAAUUCCGCUCUUCUCCAAAGAAGGUUUUGUCUGAUAUUAGCAAACGCUCACAGGAGCCUUUUCAGAACAUGGAGCAAGGCACCGUGGACAUCUCAGAUGCAGAUCCUGACGGGAACUCUUUGCAUAAAGAUUCCCCGCAAUUUUAUGAUGAAACCAACAUUUUCCAGCAACUUCCAAGUUACAAGUCAGUGAGAAGCAGAUCCAAGUCCAUGAUUCCCCAAGAUAAACACCAAUCAUUAACAAGGAACUCAGCUGCAGUUUCCUCUUCAGAGUACACCUAUAAUGAGUCGGAUAUGUUUGUGAACAGCAAGCAACCUCUGAGAGAGCUUCCUAUCAACAUGGCAGAGAAAAAGAGAGUGCGGGAAAAGAGAUACUGUGACUCGGGGCAUCUCGCCAGCUGGGAAGUAUGGAAGCAAAGUCAGUGGAAAUCACUGAGGAGGCUGCAGGAGGAUGUGACACACGCCCUCUCCUGGUUGGAACUGUGGAAGAGGUCUCUGAAAGAAAUAGAAGGUCGCUAUGGGACCGGCAUCCAGUCGUACUUCACUUUUCUUCGUUUCUUGGUUUUCCUGAAUCUUUCUGCAUUUCUUUUGGUUAGUGGGUUUGUGCUCCUGCCUUCCAUCUAUGUAACCAACAUGGAACUCGUACAGAUAGACACGGAGCGUCUGAAGAACAUUUCUGUUUCAGCACCUGAGUGCUUCAAAUAUGAAGUAUAUCCAAAGGGCUUGGUUUCUUUUUAUCAUAGAAUUCUGGAUCUGUUCUCUGGGACAGGAUUCAUGGAAGUUUCCUAUAUGUUCUAUGGAUAUUAUAAAUUUGGUGUGUACGAGGGUCUAAGCUACAGUCUCCCAUUGGCUUACCUACUGACGAUGAUCUUCUAUUUCCUCUUCUGUCUUUGCUGGAUUGUACAGAGGACCAUGAAUGGAUUUAACCAAGAAAGUAUGCUUGAGAGUAAUGACCAUAGCAGACAAAGUGCCCAGAUCUUCACUCUCUGGGACUUCUGCAUAAAGGAAACUUCCAUGGCUGAACUCAAACAACUUUGCAUUAUGAAUGAACUGAAGACUGACUUAGCGGAGCAAAUGUACAAGAAGAGAAGAGUUGAACGAACUGCCAGGGAGAGAGCAUUCCUUUACCUCAUCCGCUUUUUGCUCAAUUUGUUCAUCAUACUGGUAUUGACUGGAGCGUUCUAUGUCAUCUAUAAAGCAACAAAAUUAUCUCAACAUUUCCAGAGGGAGGAGAGAAACAUCAAGAGCCUUGCAUUUGUUACGGAAUUCUUCAUGGAAUAUCUUCCACCCAUUAUCCUCACUACCAACAAUAUUCUUCUGCCAUAUUUAUUUUGGAUAAUUAUCCGAUAUGAAGAGUACUCACCAAGCACUGAAAUCAAUUUGAUAUUAAUCAGGUGUACUUUUCUAAGGCUGACCAAUCUGACCAUGUUGGUGUUCUCCCUGUGGCAGCAGGUCACAUGUUCUGGCGGGAUAAGUAAAGAAGAUUGCGAAACCUGUGGUUACAACAUACAUUACCAGUGUUGGGAGACGAGAAUUGGACAAGAAAUGUACAAGCUGUUCUUGUUUGAUUUCAUAGCAGACAUCAGUUUUCCGUUUUGUGUUGAACUUCCAAAAAAAUUGCUGAUAGAACAUACCACCUUUCAGUUACCUAAGAUUUUGCAAAAGCAGCAAUUCCACAUUCCUGAAAAUGUUUUGAAUAUCGUGAAUGGACAAACUGUAGUCUGGAUUGGAAUGUUUUACUCCCCAUUGCUGCCAAUUCUCAAUACCAUCAAAUACAUAAUCAUCUUCUACGUGAAAAAGCACAGUCUGUAUUAUUACUGUCGCCCCGCGAAAAGGUUGUUUCGAGCAUCCAGCUCUAAAACCUUCUUUCAGUUGACUCUACUGUUUGGAUUGGCGCUUGCUCUGAUCCCACUGGUCAUUAAUGUAUUUAAGGUUCAACCGUCCAGGGCAUGUGGCCCGUUUCGAUAUUAUGAAUCAGCUUGGGGAAUUAUUCCAGAGAUGGUUGGAGGUCUUCCACAACAAACACAGAACGUCCUUAACUACGUUAAGUCAGAAGCCUUUUUGUCGAUACUGAUCAUGGUUUUAUGUAUGGUGCUGACUACUUUUGUUGCUUUGGUUCGAGCUAACAGAAGGACUAUAACCCGGCUGAAAAGGCAUUUAGCACUGGCGGGAAAGGAUAAAAAAUAUUUGGUGAAAAAACUAUCAACACAUUCUCAGCAUCAAAGAAAUAUUCAAGACAAUUCUUCCAACAGCAUUGAAAACAAUAAUGAAACUUGAUUCUUCCCACAAUGGAACUUUUUUAAGGACCAAAUGAAAGCAUAGUCUGGUGUGAGCCAAACUGUGAGAGGGGAAAGACUGCUGAUGCCUUACUCAUUGUACAUAAAGAACCUUUGAUGUUGGUCUGAUAUACAUCUUCCACCUUUGCUGUAAAUUGCCUUGCAUAUUCUGUACAUUGUUUUUUCACAAAGUCUUUCCUAGAUCACCAACAUUUGUAUGUGUCUUUGGUCAAUAAAGUUGGACAGCAACAAACUCAAUAGCUUCAGGAAAGGGAGAUUCAGAAUUUUAUUUAGAAAUCCUGAAUAGUUUGUAUGCAAAGUAUUUCUGAACCUUUCUAAACCAUAAAAACACAAAGAACAAAAGAAAACCCUAUAAUGAAGCAUCAGAAGAUAUUCACAAAAUAUUUUAAACAAGUAAUUGCAGUCUUUUAGAGUUUGUAUUGGUUUGGUUUGGUUUAUUGUCAUGUGUACCGAGGUAGAGUGGAAAACCUUUGGUUGCUUGCUAACCAGUCAGCGGAAAGACUUUACAUGAUUAUAGUGGAGUCAACCACCGUGUACAGGUACAGGAUAAAGGGAAUGAUGUUUUGUGCAAGAUAAAGUCCAGAGAGUGGUUGAUGAGAGUGGGGGUGAGACCGAAUGAUUGAAGAGUUAUAAUUGUGAGGCCAGAUUAAUGAAAGUGGGUAGAGGAGGAGAAAUAGGUGGAGUAAGGUAGCGGC